AUACUUUUUCUCCACUGGGAAAUGGCAUUGCGUCACUUCGCCCCUCACUACUCUCUCCUUCGCUUCUCUCACAUAAACAGAGUCAUUUCUCCGAAGAAGCGCUUCCUCUCCGUCUCGGCUACAAUGGCUUCCUCUGCGCGAAAGGUUUUGGUUCCGAUUGCAAAUGGUUCGGAGCCGAUGGAGGCGGUGAUCACGAUUGACGUUCUGCGAAGAGCCGGGGCUGAUGUUACGGUGGCUUCUGUGGAGAAGCAGCUCCGCGUCGACGCUGGCCACGGCGUCAAGAUCGUCGCCGAUUCUUUGGUUUCUGAUUGCGCUGACGGCGUCUUCGAUCUCAUCACUCUACCUGGAGGCAUGCCGGGUGCUACCCAUCUUAGAGAUUGUGCUGUUCUGGAAGGGUUGGUGAAGAAGCAGGCAGCAGAUGGGCGGCUUUAUGCUGCAGUAUGCGCUUCACCUGCCGUGGCAUUCGGGCCAUGGGGUGUGCUGAAGGGCUUGAAAGCAACCUGUUAUCCAUCGUUUAUGGAGCAAUUAGCCCCUUGUGCAACUGCCGUCGAAUCAAGAGUGCAAGUGGAUGGCAGAGUUGUCACAAGUCGUGGACCUGGAACUACCAUGGAGUUUUCUGUUGCGCUGGUUGAGCAAUUGUACGGGAAAGAGAAAGCUAAUGAAGUUUCUGGGCCAAUGGUUAUGCGUUCCAACCAUGGGGAGGAAUAUACCAUAAGGGAGCUAAAUCCGGUUGAGUGGACAUUUGACGAUUGCCCCAAGAUUCUUGUACCUAUUGCUAAUGGCACUGAGGAAAUGGAAGCUGUGAUGAUCAUUGAUAUUCUUCGCCGAGCAAAAGCAAAUGUUGUGGUGGCCUCUGUUGAGGACAAACUAGAAAUUCUGGCUUCUCGUCAAGUUAAACUAGUGGCGGAUGUGCUCCUCGAUGAGGCUACUAAUCUUCUGUUUGACCUAAUAGUGUUGCCAGGUGGACUGGGUGGGGCCCAAGCAUUCACAAACUCUGAAAAACUUGUGAACCUUCUAAAGAAGCAGAAGGAAUCAAAUAGACCUUAUGGAGCAAUAUGUGCAUCCCCAGCUUUAGUCUUGGAACCCCAUGGCUUACUCAAGGGUAAAAAGGCCACAGCUUUUCCUGCAUUGUGCAACAAGCUGUCAGAUCCGAGUGAAGUUGAAAACAGGGUUGUGGUUGAUGGCAAUCUCAUCACCAGCAGAGGGCCAGGAACUUCCAUCGAGUUUGCACUUGCAAUUGUGGAGAAGCUGUUCGGGCGCAAGCAAGCUCUAGAGCUUGCAAAGACAAUGCUUUUCGUGUACCCAUAGAGCUUGUAUAAGUUUGUGUCGACCCUACUUGUACGAACAUCUAAUCGAGAAGAGACAAGAAAAAUGGUGAGUUGAAUUCAUAGUUUUGAACAUGAAUUCACUUUGUGUACAACGGUUUGUCUAUAAAUAAAUGAGUUUUGAAGUAA